AUGAUGUUCAGACACCAACCGCCAUUGUCUCCACUCAAUCUAGGACAAGCUCUUCGGGGCAGACUCGGGUUCUACAUUAUAUCGAAGAGAAUUCAGGACGGCGUGUGGCUUGCAAGAGACAAGAGCAAUAAGCUUGUAAUUGUGAAGAGCGUCAGCGGCCAUCCCCGUGUCGAGAACGAACGGGAUGUCCUCCAACGCUUCCAGGAUCGAAGCACCCAUAUUCGACCUCUGAUUGAUGAGAUACAAGAUCCAGCCGAGCCAACAAUCAUCGUCCUCAGGCAUUUGGACCAGGAUCUUUUGGAUGCAUCGAUUCGAAAAGCGCUCAAUCGGAAAGAGAUCAAGUACGUGUCGAGAGGCAUACUCGAGGCGUUGAGUGUCCUCCAUGAAGACGGACAUGUCCACGCCGAUGUCAAGCCUAGCAACAUAUUCGUCAACCACAGAAGCGAUGUUACCCACGACAACGAUAUUGGCUUUUCAGAUGUUCAACUAGGCGACUUUGGUGGUAGCUACCACCAGGAUAGUGAAUGGGCCAAAUCCGCCACGCCCAUCGGGGCGCCGAUGUGGAGCAGCCCAGAGGUCCUCUUGGAGAUCCCAUGGAACACAGCAACCGAUAUCUGGUCAUUUGGCACGUUGGUCAUAAGCCUGAUUUUCGGCGGCGACUUUAAUAUCUUCCGCCCGAAGAAGGCUCGUUACGGUGACGAGGACUACAACGUCGAAGUGUUGGAGUCACAAUUCCGUUACUUCGGGCCAUUUCCAUUCAAGAUCAGGGAGAUAGUGAACGAUGAGACGUUCCAGACGGUGCUUUAUCUGAUGCAACUGAAUCCCCCUGAGAGCAUGACACAUUUCAGCAGGGUGACGGAACGAGAGGUUGUGAAGGAGGAUAAGGACUUUAUCUUGAAGAUCAUGAGGAUGGACUGGCGCGAUCGACCGACGGCUAAAGAGUUGCUUGAAGACGAAUGGUUUCGAGGACAGUAA